AUGGAAAGCUUGCGGAAAGCUGGACCGAACGAGCGUCGAUGUAUCGUCCGUCAAGCAUUAGGCUACUACCGCACUUUGGUUGUGGGAGGAGUCUACACUCUUGAAAACUUGUCAAGCGACUCUUCGUUGCAGAACACCUUGAUCAAAGCCUUGAAACACUGUAUCGCUGUGCACCCAAUUCUGUCUGCCUGUAUCAUUGGACAGGAAACAGAGGCCCCAGAAUUCGCCAGACCGCCUGUCUUGGAUCUGAAUAACCACAUCAACAUAUUGGAUACGCCAAACCUUUCUGAUGAGAAGAGCUUGAUCAAGAUUACUCUGGCCCAAACCAACGAUCAUAUAUUCACCCGCUGUGACCAAACUCCUCCAUGGCGCAUCACUGUGCUGCCACUGCCAACUGCAGAACAACAGGGGCCAAGUAGAUACCUCAUAUUGUUCGGCUACUACCACUCCCACGGCGAUGGCAAGUCAGGAUUGGCUUUCCACAAGACUCUUCUCUCUGGACUGAAGCAAGCUCAAAGUGCUGAUUGCGCCUACAACGAUGAUCCCAAAUUUACGAGUCCGAGUAGCCCUCUGCUGCCUACACUUGAAUUGGCAGGACGACUGUCAAUUUCCUGGAGCUAUUUGCUAUCACCACUGCUGGGAGCAUACCUACCAUCUUUUAUUGCAAAUCCACUCGGCAUCCGCGCCUCAGCCACACCAGAAGCAGACGAUCAAUGGGCAGGCACCAAGACAUUCUUCGACCCCGAAAACUACCAGACCUGUCUCGAAGUCAUCUCUAUCAAACACAAUCACGUUCAAAACAUUCUCCAAGAAUGUCGAAAACACAAUGUCAAGUUUACCGGUCUUCUUCAUCAAGUCAUCGUGCAAGCUUUGAGCAAAGAGUUGCCUGCUGAAAAGGCAGGGUGUUUUGUUUCCCAGACUGCUGCUGAUUUGCGUUCAAAUCUUGAUGGGAUUAGUGAUGAUGAUAUGGCGCUAUGUCCAACGGCAUACUAUGAGCUAUUCAAAAGGACAUCAGAUGAAAAUCUAAUCUCUGAUGCUUCCUGGACCGCUGCACGCAUCACAACACAAAACCUAGCCAAAUGCGCCGGGACCCUCAACGACCAGCCAGUCGGCCUACUAUCCUAUCUUCGCAACAUGUAUCCCUGGACGAAGGGCCAAGUCGGCAAACGCAGAGAAUGUUCCUACGAACUCAGUAACAUCAUGUCCUUCAACCCUGGCCCCUUUGAACCAGAAAAAGCCUGGAACAUCGAGUCUAUGAUCUUCUCUCAACCAGCUAAUGUAGCUUCUGGAUGUUUGAACUUCAAUGUUGUGUCUAGAUAUCAGGGCGAUCUUACCAUAGUUAUUUCGUGGCAGGCGGGUGCUUUGGAUAUGCAGGAUGAGCAGGCUUUCAUUGAGAAAGUGGGCCAACGUAUUGCUACUUCUCUGGAAUCGUUCGACACGAUGUAG